UCUUCUACCUCUAGAAGAAGAACAGAACAGAGCAUUCUCUCUCAUUCACUCAUAGUCUCUGAUAAUAAUACACAGUCCUCAAAUCUGAAAAUGAAAACUUGAGAGAAAUCACUAGCUUAGAUUACCCAUUAUCAUCUUCAUCUUCACAAGAUGAAACCCUUUCUCUUUCUCCAUCUUCUUCUCUUAUUCUUUCUCUUACUAAAUCCUUCUUCAUCUUCUUCUUCUAUUACUGAUUCACAGUUACUGUUAUCCUUCAAAUCCUCUCUUCCCAGUCCAAACCCAUUACAGAAUUGGCUGGAAACCAACUCACCAUGUAAUUUCUCCGGUAUUACUUGCCGGAGCUCCACUGUUACUGCAAUAGACCUCAGCUAUGUUCAAUUGAAUGUUGAUUUCUCUAUGGUUUCUUCAUCUAUCUUGUCCAUUUCCAAUUUGGAGAGGCUUACACUAAAGGGGGUUAAUCUCACUGGGUCUGUUUCAUCUGCUGCGAAAUAUCGAUGUACUUCCGCCUUGAAGUACUUAGAUCUGGCUGAUAAUGGAAUUUCUGGUCAUUUAUCUGAUUUAUCGAGUCUAGCUGGCUGCUCUGGACUGGGUUUCUUGAACAUGUCGAAGAAUGGGUUAGUUUUUGGAGAUUUGUCCGUGGGGUUUAAAUUGAAGCUUGAAGUGUUGGAUCUGUCGUAUAACAGUAUUUCAGGGUCGAACUUACUUGUUUGGUUGGUCUCCGGUGGAUGUAGUAAUCUAAAGUAUUUGUCUUUGAAAGGGAAUUGGGUUACCGGAGAUGUCGCCGGAGUCGGAGAUUGUGAAAACUUAGAACAUUUAGAUAUUUCUAGUAACAAUUUCACUUCUGGGUUUCCUCCAUUUGAGAGUUGUCUAUCUCUCAAAUACCUCGACAUAUCUUCCAACAAAUUUUCCGGCAAUAUUGCAGUUUCUCUCUCUUCUUGUAAGAGUCUUAGUUUCUUGAACAUGAGCAGUAACAUGUUCAACGGAACUUUUCCGGCGAUCUCCGGCGGGAAAUUAGAGUCGCUUCAUAUGUCCGGUUGUGGGGUACGAGGGGAAUUAUCGGAGCAGAUGAUUGGUUCACUCUGUUCGAGUCUCAUUGAACUCGACAUUUCAUCGAACAGCUUGUAUGGUUCUUUACCUGAAUCUUUCAGUUCUUGUUCUGUUCUUGAAAGACUCAACCUUUCCAUAAACAAUUUCACCGGUGACUUGCCGAUUGAUACCUUUCUUAAGAUGAACAAUUUGAAGAGCAUAUCUUUAGCGUUUAAUUCUUUUGUGGGUAAUCUUCCAGAUGGUUUCUCUAACAUGAUUUCUCUCGAAAUAUUGGAUUUGAGUUCUAAUAGUCUCUCAGGCAUUAUUCCUCCUGGAUUGUGUCAAAACAAGAUGAACCCACAACUGAAGACACUCUCCCUUCAGAACAACCAAUUCACCGGUCCGAUACCGGAAACAAUCAGUAACUGCUCGGAGUUAGAAACCCUUGAUCUGAGUUUCAAUUACCUAACCGGAAUCAUCCCUUCAAGCUUGGGUUCUCUAUCUAAGCUAAAAAACUUGAUUCUUUGGUUAAACCAACUCCACGGAGAAAUCCCAGAAGAACUCAAGUAUAUCCAACCGUUAGAGAAUCUAAUCCUCAACUUCAACCAGCUUAGCGGCGAAAUCCCAUCGGGUCUAUCCAAUUGCAAGAAGUUGAACUGGAUUUCAUUGUCGAACAACCAUCUCACCGGCGAAAUUCCGGCGACAUUCGGCCUGCUGACUAACCUCGCGAUUCUUGAGCUCGCGAACAAUUCAAUUUCAGGAACCAUUCCAACUGAGCUCGGGAAUUGUAGCAGCCUUCUUUGGUUAGACCUUAAUAGUAACCUAUUAAGCGGCGAGAUUCCUCCGGUUCUGUUUAAGCAAUCAGGAAACGUCGCCGGAGCAUUGCCGGAGAAUCGGUUCACCUAUAUAAAGAACGACGGCAGCAAACAAUGCCACGGAGCGGGUAGUCUCCUCGAGUUUGCGGGUAUUCGAGCGGAGCAAUUGAACCGUCUUUCCUCGAGACAUCCAUGUAAUUUCACCCGACUCUACUUUGGUAAAACUCGAACGAAUUUCAAUAGAAACGGGUCGAUGAUAUUCCUCGAUCUUUCCUACAAUACCUUAACCGGAAGCAUCCCGAAAGAGCUCAGUUCUGCUCUAUAUCUAACAAUUUUGAAUUUGGCGCAUAACAAUCUCACCGGGGCUAUUCCUCCCGAGCUCGGAAACUUGAAGUCGUUCACCAUUCUCGAUCUUUCCUACAACAUGCUAAACGGGUCGAUACCGCACACUUUAUCGGGUAUUGCAUUAAGCGAAGUUGAUUUGUCGAACAACAAUCUAUCUGGAUUGAUCCCGCAGACUGCCCCUUUUGACACGUUUCCGGAUUAUCGAUUCGCCAACAAUUCGGGACUAUGUGGGUAUCCUCUUUCGGGUUGUGGGAAGGAUCCUUUUUCAAAUUCGAGCCAAAAACACAAAGGAUUCGGUAAGAAACAAGUUUCCCUGUUGGGGAGCGCGGCCAUCGGAUUGCUUAUCGCUCUCUUCUGCGUUUACGGGUUGGUUUUGUUUGUCAUGGAGAGGAAGAAGAGACGGAAGGAUGAAGAGGCUGCAAUCGAGGUUUGUACUCAUAAUUCGGGUACUGCGAACACUAGCUGGAAGCUAACUGGGUUACGGGAGGCUUUGAGUAUAAACCUGGCAACGUUUGAGAAACCCUUAAAGAAGUUGACAUUCGCCGACCUUAUGAAAGCCACUAACGACUUCCAUAACGAUAGUAUUAUCGGGUCGGGAGGGUUUGGGGACGUGUACAAGGCGCAAUUAAAAGACGGAAUGGUGGUGGCGAUUAAGAAACUCAUACAUAUAAGCGGACAGGGCGAUCGCGAGUUCACGGCCGAGAUGGAAACAAUCGGGAAAAUCAAGCAUAGAAACCUCGUUCCGUUACUCGGGUAUUGCAAAGUCGGGGAGGAACGACUUUUGGUUUACGAGUUCAUGAAAUACGGGAGCCUUGAUGACGUUCUUCACGACCGUAAAAGGAUAGGAAUCAAAUUGAAUUGGGCUCAACGUCGAAGAAUCGCAAUGGGCGCGGCUCGAGGUUUGGCUUUCCUACACCACAAUUGCAGCCCAAAUAUAAUCCAUAGGGAUAUGAAAUCGAGCAAUGUAUUGGUUGACGAAGAUUUAGAAGCAAGAGUUUCAGAUUUCGGUAUGGCUCGGUUAAUGAGUGCAAUGGACACGCAUUUGAGCGUAAGCACGUUAGCAGGCACCCCUGGUUACGUCCCACCCGAAUACUACCAAAGUUUUAGGUGUUCAACAAAAGGCGAUGUCUAUAGCUACGGUGUUGUAUUGCUCGAGCUUUUAACGGGGAGACAACCGACUGAUUCAUUGGAUUUUGGCGACAAUAAUCUGGUUGGAUGGGUGAAAUUGCACGCUAAAACUGGCAUAAUCGAAGUUUUUGAUCCAGAGUUGUUGAAAGACGAUCCCGGAUUGAAGAUUGAACUUUUGCAACAUUUGAAGCUGGCUUGCGCUUGUCUUGACGAUAGACCGUGGAGGCGACCUACGAUGAUUCAAGUGAUGGCGAUGUUUAAGGAGAUUCAGGCAGGACCCGGGAUCGAUUCUUCGGCUACUAAGAUUUCAUCGGUUGCAGGGAUGGAAAUGAGUUGCAUCAAGGAAGGGAAUGAUGAACCAGGGAAGAACUGAUCAUAUAUAUGAAUGGGUGAUAAACAAAAAUAAGACCAACUUUUUACAUGAAGAAUCCAAUUAAGUCGUUUUUAUUUAUUAAUUAUUAUUAUUAUUAUACCAAAAUUAGAAGGUUGUUUAUUAAUUAAUAAUUAGCCUGCAAUGUAAUACUGUAAAUCAUAUCAACUAGUGAAGCUGUUUUCCUAUAUAUGAUA